AUGGUCCCCACCUUCAUCCUCACCCGCACCUUCGCCAUCUCUGCGCUCGUCUUCGGAGCGUUCCCCGUGACCUACGGCGCUCCCGUGCCCGCCUCCGCCGCGCUCGAGAGGAGGCAAUGUCACCGCAUGGGCUGCAUGAUCGCUGUGCCGAAUGAUACGGCUGACACUUCCAACACCAACGGUACUACCACCGCGUUCCCGGAAACGACAACGGUCCCUAUGUCAGGCGAUGCCAUGAUGGCCAUCCUCACCUCCUUGUCCUCGACCAUAGACGCGCUCAAAGACGGUCUCGUAAACGCCGGAGUGGUGUCCACAGACAACGUGCAAGUCGCCUUGACCUCGUUCAGCGGGUCUGACACAACCGACGAACUCGCCGAAGACGCACCCUCCAGUCCGGUAACGGAGGACUCGCACCCAGUCUCCAGCUUCGCAGAGGCCGUAGCAGUGGCCGAAGAAUCUGAAGAUGCCCAGGCGUGA